CGCGACAAUAGUUCGUAACGGUAGAGAUACCGGACGGGGUUUGGGGGCGUGUCUUUGUUCGUCGAUAUACCUGACCAUAACUACCCACCUACGUGGUGGCGACGGCGCUUUGGAAAAUUGGGAAAAGCGCCGUUAUGGCUACAGGGGGCGGGUAUCGGUCGUUCGAUAAUUCUACCUACCUACCUACCUAGCGUAGGUCCAUUGCAAGGAGCAGCUAGUUAGCCGUAUGUAUGCAUCUACGCCUACCUAUGCACGUAUGUAUGCUUGUACGGGCGAAGGCAUGUUUUGCAAGUAAUUCCCCGACUAAUAAAAAGCGCUACGCAACAACGUUUUUGGUCAGGAGGUAUAUGUCUACGUCUACCCAAAUCUCUAUUACACAGGGCUCGAGUCGGGGGAGGGGGAAAAAGGUGCCUGUUAUCCUAUCUAAACAAGCUCGCGAGGCCCUAGUAUUAGGUUAUGUAGCUGUAUAUACAUCAGUAACUGCUGCUAUAAAGCCAGUCUGCCCGCGGACAAAUUGGGCCUGUCCCCCUCCUCUUCCCUCUACCCCCGGUGUGAGCAUCUACGUAUGCGUAGGUAGUAAGUAUGUAGGUGGAGAGGAACCUGAGUUCGAACUUGACUUGAACGCGUCGCCCCGUCUGCCACCCGAACCCACGCCUUGUGGAAUAAAACGUCGUGGUCCCUAGGAACAGUUUUCCACGUUAGCUUUCCUAGGCUUACGGUCCACACAUACACGCAAUACCAUCGGUAAACCUACAUGUAUGCUUACCCCCGCAAACCCUCUCUCCC